ACGUGCUUCGUGUAGUUAACCGGUCGUGGCUGCUAUACGUUCACUCGUGCACCGUGCGCAGGCUGUUGAGAGCAUAACUUGUAGUAAACAUACCGUAUAGUUUGUUUAGUGUCACCACUUAAAGUUAGCUAACCUAGCUUGUUUACCGUUGUCUGUGAAGCUACUGUUAGCAGUUACUAAUCCUAGCAGUGAACACUCUUAUAACAAAGCCACAAAAGUAUCACAUUUACUUUGUUGUCCUGUCAGUUUGGCUUUAGAUAACGUUACUGGGUUUAGGAGAUAUUUUAUAUGUGGUUAUCUCACGUUAUUGAGACCCACUGUUCGCCGAGCAUUUGGCUAAAUAUUAGCAGUGUGUUCUCUUCAGAUUUUACUAAACGUUGAGUUACCUGUAGCUGCUUGGACCUCUGAGAAUACACGUGUGUGUUUACACAGUGAACGUAAUGCAUUAAAUGAAAUACAGCUAGCUAGUUUCAACCUUUAUUUGUUUGUUUGUAUUUUGUUUAAUUUGUCAGCAGAGCAGAUGAAUUAUGGGGUUCGGCGUGGUGCAGCUCAUUUCUAAAUCGCACCAUGAAAACCUUCUGACUUCUCUGCAUCAGCUGAGGCUGCAGGGGCAGCUGAGUGAUGUGACGGUGCAGGUCGACUACCAGGGAGAGCUGCAGGAGUUUCAGGCUCACCAGGUGAUGCUUGCAGCAUCCAGUGGCUACUUCAAAAAGAUCCUCCUCUGUCAGGAUGCAGCCCGAGACAAAUUAUUACUGUCAAAUAUGCACUCCAAUGAUUUCUCCAAGUUCUUGGAAUUUGUGUACACGGGUAAAGUUGAAGUUGCCAGAGACAAGAUUGGUGAUGUUCAAGCAGCAGCACAGUUUUUGGAUUGUGAGGAUCUGUCGGAUGUUUGUAGUGAGGCCAUGAGCGCAGAGAUCUUCCUAGCAAAUACAAAGAAAAUGUCUUGUUCAAAAGUGGCAAAAAAAGAUGACAAGAAACAAAAAAUUAUCAGGCAGCCUCCAAGCUCACCAGUUAAGCGGCAGCUCUCUGCAGAGAGCUUUGAGAAAGAAGCAACAUUGAAAAGAUUUAAAGUAAAGCACACAGUGACGAAUGAAAAAAGACAAGCAUGCAAGUUAAAACUGAGGUUGCGUGGCCAUAAAGUCCUUCAGAGGCGUUUAAUUACCAAAAGAGAGGCUGUUAAAAAUCAAACUCAAGCUACCAGGGAAGUCACAGAGUAUGAGGACAGCACCGAAGCCAAGGCUCAGCCAGAGAACCCAGCAGAGAAAGGAGAUGAGCCUUCGAUGGCAGCACCAGCCUCUGAUAAGGAUGAUUGGGAAGUUGAGGAGGAUUUGCAGAGUGAUGAUUCAGAUGAAGCCUUGUUGUUAUCACUGGGGGAGGAGGAGGAGGGACAGUCCAAGACGACAUCCAACAGAACAUCCAAAGCCCAGUUCGAGUGUGACAAGUGCCAGCGGACCUUCCACUAUGAGAGAAGCUACUUGAAGCACAUCAGUACAUACCAUGGAAUGAAAGCAGAUGUCAUCUAUCGCUGCGAGACCUGCAUGCAGACGUUCGCCAACCGCAGCAACCUGAAGAUUCAUGAAAAGCAUGUCCACAGUAAUGAGAGGCUCUUUGCCUGUGACUCCUGCGCAAAGACUUUCAAACGGAAGAAGGAUGUUGUCCGCCAUCAAAGACAGGUACAUGAACGCAAUAAUCUGCAACAUGUCUGCUCUGAGUGCGGAAAAUCUCUUAGCUCCAAAACCGCUCUGUUGUUGCAUGAGAGGACACACACGGGAACAAAGCCUUUUGAGUGCACCGACUGCAAGGCCAGGUUUACCCAGAACUCUGCUCUCAAGAUGCACCGCAGAAUUCACACAGGAGAGAAGCCAUUUUCAUGUGAUCAGUGUGAUGCCCGGUUCACUCAGAAGCACAUGUUGGCCUAUCAUAAGAGAUCACACACAGGAGAGAAGCCCUUCAUGUGUGAGGCCUGUGGGAAGAGCUUUGCAUCGAAAGAAUAUCUCAGACACCACUCAAACAUCCACACUGGGUCCAAGCCGUACAAGUGUGAACAGUGUGGUCGAGGCUUCGCUCAGAGGAAUUCCCUCCACCAGCAUUUAAAAAUACAUACAGGUGAGCGUCCGUACAGUUGUAAAGACUGUGAAAAACAGUUUACCCAGCUCAACGCCCUUCAGAGGCACCAGCGGAUUCACACAGGAGAGAAACCAUACAUGUGUGGCCUUUGUAGACGCACAUUUACGGAUAAGUCCACACUUCGCAGACACACUAUGACCCAUGACUCGGAUGCUCCUUGGAAGACGUAUCUUGUGGUGCUGGAGGGAAAUGUGGAGGACAAGAAAACCAAAACUCCCACUAAGGGAAAGGCGGACAAAACAGAAGCAGAGGAGAAAAAGAGCACAGCUAGGAAAGGUGGUGGUAAUGCUGCUGGGAAAACCAACACUGACUCCACUGUGGUUCCCACUGAGCCAGUCACUCUCUCGUCUGAAUGGACCAGUCAUGGAGCCAUUGCUUUAGUGAGUCAUAGUACACUUGGUGGGAUCACUGUCAUCCACACUGAUGUGCCACCUGGGUCGCAGCUCCAGCCAUUAGUAACCACUGAGACCACAGGGGCCAGCUUCAUUUCUUUAGAUGGCUCAGGUAUCCCCUUCUCUUUACCUGUCUCUCUGUCUCACUCUAUCCCCUUGUCCUCUGAAGCCUCCUCGACCACUCUGUCUGUACCUUCAGUUCUCUCAGUCCCUGUGUCUGAUAGCUCGCUGGCGUCAGCCUCAGAGAUGCCAACAGUCUCAACAUCAUCUGUGCUGGAAGCUGCUGCUUCACAGACCAUUUUAGCUCCUGCUUCAGAGACUAAGGCCCCUCCUGAGAUGGAUAUGUUACACCCUGAUAUUCAGACUGUGAUUGUUGGUGCUGAGGUUGGUGGAAAAGAGCAACUGUUGUCCACAGUGAUGAGCAACAAAGGACGGGAGGUAACCGCUGACCACAAGGAGGACUUGACUCAAAAUUCUGUGUAGAAAAUUCUUGUGCAAAAAUGUAUCUUUAUCUGGGUGUAGAAAUUUAAAAUUCCAUUUCAGCUGGUCUAUUCAUGCUAUUUUAAGUGCACACUUUGGAAUUAGAUAUGUUUGAAUGUGUGUUCUGACUAUGUGGUGUUUUAUCAUUAGUGUUUAACAAUCAGACCUGGAUGUGUGGUUGGUAGAUGUAAUUAAUCAAUGUACAUAUACUGUUAUAGGAGGCACAAAUCAUUAAAUACUAAUUAAACUAAGGCCACAGUUCAUUACAUGUAAACCCCCCCCCCCCCAUACAGUAUAUCAGACACCGUUUGACCUUGUCUCAUGUACUGCAGGAGUUACAGAAUACUGUUUGGUCUGGGAACCUUGUCCGAGUCCUUGGCGGCUACAGAACAGCACCUAUGGUGUUUUGUCUGCUCGAAAAACUGCUCUAUUAAACUGACUGUGAUGAAUACAUGUAGAUAAAGUAUUGGACAUACUGAAUCUGUCACACUAACUAUAUGUGGAAAGUGCCGUAGCUGCAGAUGCCAGGCUUCUACAUCCAGGGCGGUGAACUACUCAGCUGUACAAAGACUUGUGUUCGCUCCCACAAUUCCUGGCUCUGGCUCAUUAGUUUAAUAUACAGACCAUAGACUGUAUAUCCAGUGAUGUAUUCUGAUCCUGCCUUGUACAGUACACACCAAAACAAUAAUUAGUUUUCCUAAAUUCAGCAGCAGUUUUCUAAAUUUAAUUCUGCUUUCUCUUUUGUGGCUUCAUGUAUGUGUUUAAAGAAAAGCAUAGUAUGUUUU